GUCCAUUGCACCAACCAAAGUCUAUCUCUCUCUCUCUCUCUCUCUCUCUCGCCUUGGGUUGGCUGUCUCCCAAACGCGACAGUCUCAAUGGAGGCUGGCGCGUCAAGCUCGACUCACUUUGACACGAGGCCUUGUUCCCUUGUAGUUUCGUUGAACACGCACUAAUUCAGAUCUAAAAGAUUUAAUAUUUAUUAUCAGAUCCACCCUAUACACUUUAUGCACCCAAAACCCACUCUUUGCUCUCUCGAUCGCAAGAAACCCUGAUUACUUCUUUCUUCCCCAUAAGAAAUCCUGGAGCUACUUGAUUGGAUGUGGUGAAUUGCGAUUCUCGGAGGAUUGGUUUUCGAUUUCCGUGGAUUGAUUGCUAUGGUACCAGCCAUGGACCGUCGCCUGGAUACUGAUACAAGUCCGUAUUUGAGCCUAUUUGCUGCCCUGUCUUAUGGAAUUGCUUCGAUGGCCAUGGUUUUCAUCAACAAGGCAGUUCUAAUGCAGUAUGCACAUUCAAUGACCCUUCUAACUUACCAGCAAGUGGCAACAGCCUUGCUUAUACACUGUGGUCGAGUGAUGGGAUACACAAAGGCCAAAGGACCUAAUCUUGAGACUGCAAAAAAGCUUAUCCUAGUUUCUUUAUUCUACAAUGCAAAUGUGGCAUCUGCUUUAGCAAGCUUGAAAGGAGUAAAUAUUCCCAUGUAUAUUGCCAUAAAAAGACUUACACCACUUGCGGUAUUAGUAGUUGGAUUCCUUUCUGGAAAGGGGAGACCUUCAUCACAGGUAACUCUUUCUGUAUUACUCACUGCUGCUGGGGUUCUCAUUGCGGCACUAGGAGAUUUUGCCUUUGACCUUGUUGGAUACGGCAUGGCCCUUACAUCUGUCUUCUUUCAGACAAUGUACCUUGUGUUGGUGGAGAAGUCUGGUGCAGAUGAUGGGCUUUCAUCAAUUGAGAUCAUGUUCUACAACAGCUUUUUGUCAGUACCAUUUUUGCUAUUUCUUAUCAUAGCUACAGGAGAAUUUCCAAAUUCUUUGGCAUUAUUACUUGCGAAGAGUACUUCAUUAUCAUUUUUGGUGAUUCUUCUUCUCUCAUUGGUGAUGGGCAUAGUCCUCAACUACACCAUGUUCUUGUGUACCAUAGUUAACUCGGCUUUGACAACAACAAUUGUCGGUGUCCUUAAGGGGGUUGGCUCUACGACGCUCGGUUUCAUCUUUCUGGGGGGAGUGGAAGUGCAUGCUUUGAAUGUGACUGGAUUGGUUAUCAACACAAUGGGUGGGGUGUGGUAUUCAUAUGCCAAAUAUCAGCAAAAGAAGAACAAGCCGCCAAAGUUAACAUCAGAUGUUGAGUCUCAUCGUAAAUGAGAUGAUAAUGCAGGCUCUAGUUGGUUAUACUGAUUAUUAUCUAUUGUCAUCUCUCAACCAACUUCUUUACAUGUACCCCGUUCAUUGUUCAAAUAGAAUAUAAUUUAUUUAUGAUCAGAGUUCAAAUUCAAAGGAAAUCUUGUCUUA